CCCUUACUAAAAGAAAAAAGAAGAUGACCAGUUGAAAGUCACGCUGCAAAAUGAGCUUGAUUACAAAGUUUCAAAGAACCCUGCAUAAUCUGUAUUUUGGAUUUAGAAACAAUGCCCCAGCAUUGGUCACAGUGUAUCACCUCCCAGACAAAUAUGAAAAUGAGUCAUCGUGGCUGACAUUAAAGAACUGUUUUGAAAACAUCCUGAGGGCUGCUGUCCCAAAGAAGAGAAGGUCCAAGGAGAAGCGAAUGAUGAGAAAGAUGGGACAUUAUGAGCUUUUUAUGAAGGAGAACUUUAAAGAGAAAAGAGAGAUUUGUUUAACUUGUGGGAACUACUUCAGACGUGGAUUUCUUUGUGAUCAUUGUUACAACACUGCCAAACAACAGACAAUGAAGAUAUGGAAAGAGAUUGGCGAGAAAUACAUGAAUUUUCAGUAUUUCACUGUGGACAAUAACCCAAACAAUGUCAGGCGAUCAUUCAGAUACGAAAAAUUGAAGGACUGGUUUUCUGAGGAACAAAUAGAGAAAAGCUCUCAAACAGAAAAGAGAGAGUCUAGUGAAUCAAAUACACACGUAAUCAAGGAAACAACCCAAAACUCAUAGUAUUGUUUUGAUUAGCAGUUGAAAAGUGUGAUAUUUGUCAACAGUUAGGUGUGGAGUUAUUGCUUUUGUUUAAUCUGAUAUAAAAAGGAUAAGAUUUUCUUGAA